AAUCUGAAGAAUGUCUGCCCGAAGGGCUACCAGCGAUUUUGAAAUUUUGCGAGGCCUGCUGUUACAACAGCUAAUUAAUGGCUAAAUACAGAGAAUUCUAUGGUUUGACAUUUCAGAUGAUUCAAUUACGUUUGCUCACUUUUAUGUCUUGUAGUUCUACUGGUUGUUUUUAAUUAUUUGUUUACUACAGGUUUUAAGGAAGCAAAUUUUAUAUUAAGGCUAUAUGUAAAUGAGUAAUCAUGGUGUGUGUAUAUAUAUAUAGUCUAUUACAUGGGAUGCGUGUAUGCCAUAGUUAGUUACUUCUGAGAAAGUGGGAGGAGAGCAUGAUAAUGGAUCAUAACUGUCACUGUGGUGCUUGUAAAUCUUUAUCAUGUUUGUUUUUAAGUGUUUGUGCUGACAAAUUGGGCUAGUAGUUGUUUUGUGUAGCAUUUAUCAUUUAGCUUGAUUUUGAUGAGUUAAUUAUGGUAGUUAUGAAUGAUUAGUGGAUUAUUCAGCUCCUCUUGGCACCUAUUAUUUAUGUAUUCGCGUGAAUGUGCAGUUUUUGUGUGUGUUCUGAGUCAUGCAGGCGUAACAGGUGAAUAACGGAGAGGAAAUAGGAUGUUUGUCUGCGUUUGACCUGUGGACACAAUUAGCCGCCUUUAGACCGGGAGAGGCUCACGUGAGUUCAGCUAUAACAAUAUAUCAAAGCAAACAGGUUCACACGUGAGGCCUUCAAACUCAAUCACACAAUGUCAUUUUAUUUGCCCUUUAUUAUUUUCAAUUACCAAAAAUAGCUUUCUAAAAUUGUAAGCCUCAUAUUUCUGCUCCAAAAAUGGGCCCCAUUCACUUCCAUUGUAGGCGUCGCACAAUAAACUUGAUUUUUUGUUUUUAAAGAAAACGAGGGAGGUAUCUAUAUUAAUAUUUGUGAUAAUCAGCAUUAUGGAACAACUGCUGCUGAUUGAGCUUAAUUUACUGAAACUGAAAUAUUCCUUUACCAUUUGUUAGAAUAAUAAUUUAUAGGUGCUGUAGGUUGACCUCCCUGAAAAUGUAUACAUUGAUAUUGACAUUAAAUGUUUUUUGAGCAUCCUGACCAGCUCAACCAAUGGCGUGAAUCUCUUUAACCGACCGAUUGCAAAUGGGAGGAGUGCUUGGGAAACCUGUUUUUGAUUCCGUUUUGGAGGCAUUAGCUUUCUACUGUAUGCCGGUCCAUAUGCUUAUAGAAGUGAAUCAGUGUAUCACCUGCAUAAACAGACCCAGAUCUUCUCUGUAAGUUUGAGCAAAUCUGUUUUAAUGAGCGGUUUUGACAUCUUUAUAAGUCACCUUAUUUUGCCUCUAAUCCUCGUUCCAUUCUCCCGUGCUCUCUGCCUCCCUCUGGCUGGGAUCACGGCUGACCCACUUGGCGUCAGUGCCAGCGGUUGGCUCUUCGCCGUUUCUCUGAAAGACCAGACCAACAGCCGCAGCAACUCCACCAGGAGGCCCCCUGCCAGCUGCGUCGUGAGGCACUGCCAGUGGAAAGCAGUAUUGCUCAGACAUUUUCCUGUCUGCAGACUGCUGGACGUUCAUGCUAACAAAGGGCGCUUUUGUGAGAUCCAGGCACAGGGGCUUGAGGUUGACUGCUGGCCCACAGAAGGGACUCUAACCCUGGGAAAUCAAGGUGUGGUGACACAAAGUGUCCUGGAAGGAACAAAAAUGACCUUUACUUGAUUUUAGCGCAGAUUUACAGUGGUUAAGGAGCAUUGCUGCUAUUAAGACAUGAGAGGUGGCUAGUGCUAACAUGUGGUGCCUCCAGUCUCACACACGAUUGAAAGCACAUACACCCCACAGAGACCCACAGCAGGCUUUUCUACCUUGACCUCAAGAGUCCUCUGAUUGACCCUGCACACAAAAACAUUCAUAUUCACACGCACCUUCUGUCUUGCACACCGAUUGUCCUCAUCCUACAUCCUGUGGCAAGCUUCUCUCUUCCUUCCUUAGAGCAAGCAGGCCUGGAGGUUACAAAUGUCUACCUCACGCUUAAAGAUCCUCUCUCUACAACUGCGACCCUGAACACACUACAAAAAUGACCUCUAGCAUAGACCGGGAUGACAGCAGCAUCUUUGAUGGGUUGAUGGAAGAAGAUGAGAAGGACAAAGCAAAAAGAGUUUCUAGGAACAAGUCGGAGAAGAAGAGGCGAGACCAGUUCAAUGUGCUCAUCAAGGAACUGGGCACCAUGCUGCCAGGCAACACCCGCAAGAUGGACAAGUCUACCAUCCUACAGAAGAGCAUCGACUUCCUGCGCAAGCACAAAGAAAUUGCCGCACAGUCCGAGUCGAGUGAAAUCCGUCAGGACUGGAAGCCGCCUUUCCUUAGCAAUGAGGAGUUCACACAGCUGAUGCUGGAGGCUCUAGAUGGCUUCUUUUUGGGCAUCAUGACAGAUGGAAACAUAAUCUACGUCUCAGAAAGUGUCACGUCUUUAUUAGAACAUCUACCUUCUGAUCUUGUGGAUCAGAAUCUGUUGAAUUUCCUUCCACUGGGUGAGCACUCAGAGGUGUAUAAAGCUCUAUCCACACACAUGCUGGAGGGAGAGACCCUCACCCCAGACUACCUAAAAACAAAGAACCAGUUAGAGUUCUGUUGCCACAUGCUCCGGGGCACGAUCGACCCGAAAGAGCCGCCCGUUUAUGAGUAUGUCAAGUUCAUCGGAAACUUUAAGUCCCUCAACACUGUGCCUAACUCAACACGUAACUGCUUUGAGGGAGUGAUCCAGCGAUCGCUGAGGCCCAUGUUCGAAGACCGAGUGUGUUUCAUAGCAACUGUGAGGUUAGCCAAGCCUCAGUUUAUCAAGGAAAUGUGUACUGUGGAGGAGCCCAAUGAGGAAUUCACCUCCAGACACAGUUUAGAGUGGAAAUUCCUCUUCUUGGACCACAGGGCACCCCCCAUCAUAGGCUACCUACCCUUCGAGGUUCUGGGUACUUCAGGAUACGACUACUAUCAUGUGGAUGACCUGGAGACUCUGGCCAAGUGCCAUGAACACUUGAUGCAGUAUGGUAAGGGGAAGUCGUGCUAUUACCGUUUCCUGACUAAAGGUCAGCAGUGGAUCUGGCUUCAGACUCACUACUAUAUCACCUACCACCAGUGGAACUCACGGCCGGAGUUCAUCGUCUGCACACACACUGUGGUCAGCUAUGCUGAAGUGAGGGCUGAACAGCGCAGGGAACUGGGCAUUGAGGACUCACCUCCUGAGAUCUCAGCAGACAAGUCUCAGGACUCCGGCUCUGAGUCCCAGUUGAACACCUCCAGCCUGAAGGAGGCGCUAGAGCGAUUCGAUCACAGCCGCACACCCUCCGCCUCCUCACGGAGCUCCCGCAAAUCCUCCUCGCACACCGCUGUCUCGGACCCCACGUGUAUGUAUUACAUACCAAAGACAGAAGCCACACAGACAAAGCUACAGACAGACCGUAGCACACCCCCCCGCCAAUCAGUGUCAGCCAAUGAGAUGACAUCACAGCGGAGGUCCUCCAUUAGCAGUCAGUCGAUGAGUUCUCAGAACACAGGACAGACGAUGGCAACAUCUCUUGUGUCUCAGGCUCAGCAGCCUCAACCACUUCAGCCCAGUGUGCAGCCGGUGCUGCAGUUUUCCACGCAGAUGGAUGCGAUGCAACAUCUUAAGGAGCAACUAGAACAGCGCACACGCAUGAUUGAGGCCAACAUCCAGAGACAACAAGACGAACUGCGGCAAAUCCAGGAUGAGCUGCAGAGGGUGCAAGGUCAGGGCUUACAGAUGUUCUUGCAGCCCGGAGGUGGUGGUCUCAACCUCGGCUCAGUGCAGCUGACGCAGGGAUCAUCCGUGCAGCCAGGGGGCGCUCUGUCCAUGCAGGGGGCGGUGGUGCCGGCAGGGAGCCUGCAAAGUGGCCUGCAAUCCACACACACAGCGACACAACACACUGUCACUCAGCAGGCACCGCCACAACAACAGAACCUUCUCAGAGAUCAGAGCUCCACUCUAACUCAGGUGAGACAGUGA